UGACGAGCUUAUGAUACUUUUUGCUUUAUUGGAUGCCAUCUUCUUGUGUUUCGCUCGACCCCCUAAUGGCCGUGCUUUCUAACUAGUAGGUGAUUGAAGGGUUGUGGGGGGAGUUGUGGAGUGGGGAAUGGCUGGGACCGUUAGUGAGGAAUCUGGAGAUGGAAGGUCUUUGAAGGGGGUUUCGAGUGAGCAGCGGCUUUGCCAAUCCAUGGAGGCAUUGACAGAACGGCUGUCAUCCGAGCAGGUGGAAAAUGGGAUUUCAUCGACCUCUCCCCCUUAUUGGGACACUGACGAUGAUGAUUGCGGUAUGCUGGGAGAGAGCAGAUCGUCCCUUUCUUUACUUUGAUUGCCAGUAUAGGAGGGAACUUGUUCGAGUAUAUUUAACAGAUGUAGAGAAAACUUGUCGCCGUUUUGUGGAAGAGGAGAGAAGCAAUCUUGGGAAAUUAAUAGAAGAUAAAGCUAGAUGGUCAAGGGAGAAAACAGAUGCAAUUUUGAGAAUUAUUGUGAAGCAUUUCUUUAUUGAAAAGGAAGUCACCUCUACCUUGGUCAUGGAUUCCUUAUACAGUGGUCUGAAGGCUCUAGAAGGCCAGACAAAGAGCAAGAUAGGUAGGGGACAAUUACUGGAUGCAGAAGAGUUGCCAGUUCCUAUUAUAUGCAUAGAGAGGGAUAUGUUUGUUUUGGUGGAUGAUGUAUUACUACUACUUGAGAGGGCUGCUGUGGAUGAUAAGGGUCCUCAGAAUCGUAUGAAGGAUGAGUGUGCUGGGGAGGAGUUCAACAAGGAUUCCAUUGAGCGUGAUGAAGGACAUCUUACUGAGCUAGGUCGUAGGACAAUUGAAAUAUUUGUCCUAGCCCAUGUAUUCAGAAGCUACCAUUUUUUCUCAACAUCUGGCAGAGGACCUAAGAGCUCUUUUUCUUCUGAAUUUUCUCCAUUCUGAUUCCAGUUAGACAGCACCAAUAACUUUGAUUAUGCUUCUUCAUGUGGAAUUAGCUUGAAGAUAAAUUACAUUACAAACCCAAAUUAUGCCAGCUUCUUUUAAUGUCCACUAAUAGUACAUACUCUUUUCACUGAUUGACAUUUUAUUCGGGCCUCUUGGGUUGCUAAUGAUUGAUUUACCUGUAUCAAACUAGUAUGAUGCUAAGCUCACUAAAGUUCUUUUCGUUUGAUUACUUUUGUUCUUAUUUGACCUGCGAAUGACAUACUUAGAUCAUUGUUAAUUAGAGGGGAAACUAUCUACAUUGUCGUUUUCCUUUCUGCCGUAAGGUUACAAAUAUGGAGAAAAUUACUUCUUUUUCCAUUUGAUCAACUCAUUCAAGACAAUUGCUACUUCAUAUAACCUUUUGUUUUUGGUUUCCUUUAUAACUUAUUGAGGGAGGACAGCGUAGUGAUGUCAGAAAUUUGAGUCUUGAUAUUUGUAAUCCACUGUUUUGCCCUUGUUUGUCGGAUGGGCUUGUUUACUUUGGACAUUCUUUAUUCAAUGAUGAGCUGUGAGACGUUGAGUUGAAUUAAGAGGCCAUUUUUAUAUGUACACAUGCCUAAUACUUUUUACGUGUUCUGCGGAGGGAAGAGUCAGAAAAAUUUAGCAAUGCAUGAUUUGAAUGAUUUUAUGUCGGUUAAUACCAAAAUGUUUUUCAGCAAAAAAUUCAUAGCCAAAUAAGUGCCUAUACCUUUGUCCAACUCCAAGUUCUGCAUUACAAACUAAGGGCGGCCUCUUUUUAAGAUCUCUGGUCACCAGAAAUAGCAUAAUUGAAUUGUUUUAGCUGUAUAUUUUGUUCACUCGCAUUGGAAGUUGGACUGUGGAUACCUUUCACAUUAUAUGCUACCUACUUCUUUUAUGGCCUUUUCUUGUCGUAUGGGCCAUGUGGAUGUGCAAAUAUUUAAAUUGGUUGAUUUGUUGCCAUACUCUGUUUUUUAAAAUAAGCGUGCCGUAUGGUACAAUAUACACGUAGUUUUGGUGAUAGCAUACUUCCUCAAUAAACCAAAGUUAUUUUUACUCUUUGUUCUUUUGGUACAAUAUAUGUUUGUGUGGUGUUCCCUAUACUUAGCUUCCUCUGCCUGUUUGUAGUGAAGUAGUACUUAAUUUCCUGACCACCAAAAGUGGAAUAUUAUGUGAACGGUCUGGCUUUGUACGGCAUGUAGUAAUCCUUUUAUGUUUCAUGUAAAACAGUCAUAUCCUGUGGUUGAUGAAAUGCCAUUAAUGGGAUCCAGGGGAUAUAGUAAUUUGAUUUCCCUCUUGUUUUUAUAUUUGAUGGCUUUAGUGUUGCAAUCUUUGAUUUGUGAAUUGAUCAUACCUCUUGUUCCAAUUUCUGAUGUUUAUCUACUCUUUUUUUUUUUUUUUUUAAUC